AAGCUGCUCAGACGCGUCUCAGGGCGCGAAAGCGUGCUGCUGUCAUGCCGCUGCGGCCCUGGCAAUGUCUGGGCGUGGCUGUGGCCAUUUUUGGCCUCAGCGGAUGUGGACCUGAGCCGGAGAAGAAAGAGGCGCCCAUGGACACUGCGUGUUCCGAGACUUUGAAGCGGGGCCAGUGCUCCAAGUGCCGGUGCAUGGGCAAGAACGGCAAGUGCACGCGGGCCGUGCUCUGCACGGCGUGCAGCGACCCUUACAGCUUUCUUGCCAACAAUGACACCAACGCCAGCAUCCCGCACGGUGAGUGCGCAAUCCAAUGUCCCGUCGCACCACAACGGCCCGCCAUGCCGGCGAAUGCCUUGGAUUUGAAUGGCAAGGAGUGGCCCGCUGCGUGCUGGAAUGGCACAGAGGAGCAGCACUUCUUCAUCAUCGGGGACUGGGGGGGGAUCUUGAGCGGCUCCAGCUCGAUGACUUUCAAGAAUCGGAAGACCAUCAUGGAGCCCAUCGACAUCCACGCCCAGAGCUAUGUGGCUGACAGGAUGGCGGCGGUUGCCAAGGAGAGUUUGCCCAAGUUCGUGGUCAACGUGGGCGACAACUUCUACCCCGGGGGCAUCAGCAGCCCCGGCACCUGCAAUGCGGAGACCCACGCCACGGAUGCCGCCGGAAGCAUCAUUUUCACCAACAUCUUUGAGAAUAUGUACAAGGGUGCGGGCUUGGACGGGGUGGAAUGGUGGGGGAUUUUGGGGAAUCACGACUAUGGAGGCUACCACUACAACGUCCACUGGGAUCAGAACAUCUUCUACACCUGGCACUCGGACAAGAGCCGGUGGUUGACUCCUGCCCUCUACUGGACCCGGAAGGUCCAGUUCCGCAACUUCUCUGCGGACUUUUUCUUCUUGGACACCAACCGGGUCGACACGGACGGGAAUCCGGACGCCGACCCCGAGCACAACAUCUGCUCGAGGUCCCAUAACCAGCCCCCCCAGCCGCUGGAUUGCAAGGGCACCUCUAUCACUAGCCCGGAUACCUGCUGGCAGUGGUUCAUGGACAUGUGGAACGCUCAGAAGAAGUGGUUGGCGGAGAAAUUGGAAGCUUCGACCGCUGAAUGGCAAAUUGUGGUGACGCACUACCCGCCCACUUUCGAGCCGUGCCGCUCGGAGCUGUGGGCGUCCUACUUCGGUAAGUAUGGAAUUGACCUGUACAUCAGUGGCCACACGCAUUUGCAGGAGACCCAUUACAAGACCGGGGACUUUGGCGAUACAGCUUACGUCAUUUCAGGAGGUGGCGGAGGUAUCACCUCUGAGAUCAUACCCAGCAAGACUGGGGAUGAUGAUGCGUACGGCUUCAUGGACGUGAUCAUCAACCAUGAUGUGAUCAACAUCAUCCGCUACUCCCAUGGCGGCGUGGACAAGAAGACCAUUAUCCGAGGACAGACCCAGGUCUUCCCACGUGGCCGAAGCGAAGUGCAGGUGGUGGUGUGAGGGAAGUCGAGGGUUAGGCUUGUGCAUAUUCAGAGCUGCUGACUCGAAACGGGUAAAAACACUGAAAGCUGUUCGGAUCCUUUCAAGUGAAAGCCUGGCUCACCUGCCCAGAGGGCUGGCUCUUUUAUGUUCAUCGGCAGCUCCAGCCAUGUCCGCUCUCGCCGCGGCGUUCUGUAGCUUGCGCUUCUACUUGGGCAGUGCAGCCAGACGCAGGUGUUAAGAAGUGAUCGGGAUCGUUUCGUUGAUGAACACACUGCAAAUGAUCUGGCUUCCACCCGAGAAUCUCUCAGACUGAGCACAGUCUGAGACAUACAAGGUUUGAUGCGUUUGCCUUCGCCUGUCCAACGUAUGUAUUCUCGCCAUUGCUUUUGACAGAGUCCACCAGCAGAUCAGCAUUUGGUGGAGUGUGUACGCAUGCUACUGGUAGCAUGCAACCUAAGAUUCACAGCAGGACUUCUUUGACUCUACAAAUGUUUCUUGAAAGAGUCAAUCACUAGUUGUAUGUAUUCGAGUGCCCAGACAAGCCUGAAACCAAUGCGCGAGUGGCCAUGUUUUGCAUGGUGCAUGCCGCAAAGGACUUGGCAUUGGCAAGACUUGGGAGAAGUUAUUCGGAUGAUCAUGGAAAAGCAAAGGGAAUCGGCUCAGAAGCCUUGGCAAAAGACUUCUCACCAGAACCCUGAGGAACC